ACGUGGCGGUUUGGAAAAACUGCCAGGAACCCCGCAGAUCCGCAGUAACGAAAAGAGACGAAGAGAGUUGGAGCGAUGGUGAGGGCGUUCGUCAGGCAAGGGCGGUGAAGGGGGCAGUAAGUGCAUGGGCAGGGUCUCGCUCUGGAUUCAAACAAGAAGUGACAGACGAGGACGGGGCAGCACAGUGCAGUAUCCACCCCUGUACAGAACGCGUGACUUCCGGAGGAACGGCUCUCUUCCUGUUCAGGAAAGCCCCUGCAUUAGUGUAUACCUGUACCGGAAUCCGUGACUGACGAACUGGUAUGGUAGAGGAGGUUUUCUUCUGGCCCUGACAGCUUCCACUGCGAUUCUCCCUCAAAGCUUUCUCCUCUUCUUAGCAGACUGGACGUCUGAAGCUGAGCGCAUUGAUCUUCGUAACAUCUGUACCAGCGUACUUUGUUAUUGUCUCUCGCGCAGUCUGCCUGCGGUGCGUUGCUCUGCAUACCUGGACUGAGCAAAGUCUGUCCAGAGUGAGGUUGCUUGUGACGUGAACUGGCCGGCUCUGCAGGAGGUGGAUGUGGCGGUAGCGGUGGAGAUGGAGUAGCGAGAGUGGGAAUCUGAUUGAGAGAUGGGAGGAGUGCGGAUUGAGGUGGGCGGGUUGGUUCACGUAGAUUAUUUUUUGUUUAGAGUCAAGUGAGCACGUGACGUGGUGAGAUGCGGCGGACUGCGAGUGUGUCAUGUGUGGUGGAGCGGGGUCGAGAUUGAGUGGGUAACUGCUACGGUUUAUGAGAGGGUAUAGAGUCGGGGUGGAGAGUGGCACUUGUAGCGAAACUCAUGGAUUAGCGAGGUUGUGUGCGAAGUUGCGUUUAGGUUUUAGGUGUGUUGGAGUUAAGUGAUUGAGGCUGGUGUUGUUUUGGAAAAAUGGUACAAGUGCACUUGGAUGCGUGCUUGCCGGAUGUUAGAGUGGCGCCUGUGAGAAUGGUAGGAGUAUCUCAGCAGUCGCCUCGCAGGACUGCGAAUUCAGGAGGGGUUAAUGAUCCGGGGUCUUUGCACAAGAGUACGAAGAGAUUCUCUCGAUCGAGGAGUUUGCGUAAUUCGGGAGGAGAGGAGGAUGUGUAUGAAGCAGAGUUCGGUGGGCCUGCGGAGCGUGCUCCAUCGCGUGCCUCCUCACGGUCCAAGAGUAGGAUUGCGAAGGAUGCCCGAGCGGAAUUGUUUGGCCUUGAUGAUGCAGUGCACAAUGUGGUGCGUCCUAGAGAGUUGCGCAGCAGAAGCGCUGCGAGGGUUGAGGGUGUAGACGUGGAGAUGGUCGAGGAAAAGAACGAGAGCGUACACAUUGAGGUUCCUAAGUCUCGCUCUUCUUCCCGUAUGAGAGGUCAGAGAACGAAAGAGAAAAGCGACGCAAUUGCAAUGCAAGCUUCACUGCAGGGUUCGAUGGAAAUGGAGGCGCGUAGUGGUCGUUCUUCUCUACUGCUAAAAAAUGAUUCAGCUGCGCAUGAAAAUGAUGGAAGAUUGUAUACAGCUCGGUCUACCCCGAGCUUGCCCACCGCGCGUCCAUCUGAUAGAGUGACAACUCCCCGCUCAAGCUUGAGAAGCUUACGAGAGCAAGAGGAAUCAAGAGCUUCACCAGAUGUGCCAGUGAGAGAGGAGUUGCGAAGCUCCACCGUGGAACACCGACCAUUAUUGCCGAAUUGGGAUUACGAUGUCGGUGGAACACCUGAGCAAGAGGCAAUAGUAUCUUAUCGCAUACCCACGAAGAGCCCGCGAUUAACUGGAGAGAAUAGUGAUCCCCCUGAGGAGAGGCUUCUCAGAGUUGAACGUCUCACGAGAAAACAAGGAAGAAGUCCAAGGAAAACGCCAGAAGAAACCACAGACAUGGAGGUGGAACCCGGACUGGUUCAUACUGAGCGAGCUCCGCGAAGAAAUGUUAGAAAGGCAGACUUGGACGGACCUGAAGACGAAGAAAAUUAUAUGGAUCUGCAUAGAAGAGCCAGGGUUGCUCGGCAACCUAAGAAGAAGGUGCGGGAUAUACCUACUGAUCCUGCCUCAUCCCUGCCCGUCAUCCUACUUCCCCAAUAUGUGAUGACAGAUGUGGAUCCCGUCGAGCAUGUAGAUCCUUUUCUACCAGUAUCUCCGAAUUUCUCGUCGCAGUACUUCAGAGAGACUAGCACCUCACGAAGUGUCGCCUGGCUCCAUGUGUUAGGGGAUCUGGUCAUGUGGAAAGAUGUCCCAAGAUCGACUCUUUGGUUUGGUGCAGGAAGCUUUGGCAUCCUCUCCGCUUCUGUCAUGAAGGAAAUACAGUUGGGGAUUGUUGCUAUAUCUGCCAACCUGGCAUUGUGCUAUUUGGCAGUAGUUUUCUUCUACCGAACUUUUCUACAUAGAUCAGUUGCUCAGUCAAGUGGCGGACAAAUUAAUUCCAGUGAAGUCACUGAAGCUGACUUCCUAGGUCUGAUUCAGUUUGUCCUACCAACUAUAAAUCUGGCGUUGAAUAAGUCUAGAGAGAUUUUCUCUGGUGACCCUGCUACCACUUUAAGGGUUGCAAUCGUGCUCUGGUUGGUUUCAAAAAUGGGUGCAGGGGUCUCAAUAUGGAGCUUUUUACGCUUUGGCUUCUUUGCGCUCUUUACUAUUCCGAAGUGCCAUUCCCGCUACUCAACUCAACUAUAUGAACUUGCUCAAUCUCUUCUUCUACGAGGCAGGGCGACAUGGGACUCAUUUACGCACAAGAAAGCAAUUUUAUUAGGUGGUUUCCUGCUCGCUUGGAACACAUCUUCAUAUUCAUCUCGAUUUUGGGGUGGCUUUAUCCUCAUGGUUUGGCUCAAAUUGUACCAGCAGUCAAAUCCAGCAAAUUUCGAGAAGGCCUUAGCUGAUGCCGGUGACAGCAGUGCAAUUGAUCGUAUCGACCGCAGGAGGAGCUUAUUACAUUCCACGAUCGCAUCACAGGUUUCUCAAGCCGUACCCAUGUCAGAAGAUGUAUUGUCGAACAGCCAACCAGUCCAGGAAUUUCCAGAAACGUGAAUGGGGUUGGAUACAAAGCAUGAGGAGUCAUCAAUUUGUUUUGCAUAUGUGUGCAUUUGUGUCUAUCAAAAGCAACUUUCAGCAUCUGUUCUGUUAGGCAGUACGCUGUCUGGUCGAGUCUUGGAAUCUAAAGCAGAGCAAUCUACAAACUUAUGUCUGAUUCCUUGAUGUUGGAAGACGCUGCAGCUGGUAUAUAUGUUAGCCUCACAACGUAGUCUUUCUUUCCAUGUUUUCUAGACACUUCAGAGAGUUGUACAUAUCUUAGCCCUAGCCAGUUAUAACCUAUUCGCCUACUGUUACCGCAUAACGACACAGCGGUUAGGGUCAAGAUUGAGAGCAGAAGGACUUUAACAUAGGGUUUGGUGAAUUUAGUUGACCUUGACUUAUCUUGAUAUAUCCAGCAUAUGUAAAUAUCUUUGUUCAUGUUCAGAAAUUUCCUAACCUUGAGCGAGAGGGUUCUCUCGGAAAACUGAGCCAUUUA